AUGACAGUAACAUAUGGUGAACAUGUUCAAUUUCGUUGUCAAUUUUCACAAAAUUUCUCUGCAAAAGAUAAUAUAAUUCAAUGGAAAAAAUUACGUUUCAAUGAUGAUGAUUUAGUUAUAUCAAUCAAUGGCAAAGUUCCUAAAACAUUCGAAAAAUUUUAUCAAACGGAUUUAACAAAUGAAUCUAGUUCAUUAGAUUUAUUUCAAGUUAAUCGACAAGAUU